AAUAUAGGUGAUUAAAAACAUCCCUGACAAUUUCCCAUGUUGUCGCGCUUGUUUAUUCUGAGUUUGGAAAUUUGCCAGCCUACAUUUAAAGCUGCUUGCUGUCACUCAAGUAGCCUAGUGCUCUUAGUUCAGUGGCAAUAGUCCAUAGAGUCCACCUAAACAGGAGCACGGGGAGUCCAGAUCCUAAAGAAGCGACUCUUAUUUCAAUUUCAGUGGUUGCUUGCGCACGGCUUUCACCACUAGAGCGGGGGCAUUGACGCAUUUUGGAGUCGACGGGUAACACUGCCAACCCGGCUGCGCUACAGACGCAUCCAUGAGCGAAACCGCGAUGGCCGUGGUGCAGCUCGAGACAGAGGACCAUCAACCGGAGAACGGCUUCGUGUCCCCCGAAACAGAGUCGCCGGGAUUGCUCACACGCAUCGACGAUUGUGUCUUGCCUUUUCUUGGGGGAUUUGGGAAGUAUCAGAGACAGCUAAUCGUGCUGACGUGGAUUCCGGCGUUAUUUAUUGGAUUCAGCCAGUACUCUGAUGAAUUCCUUCUUGCCCAACCGAACAAUACAUGUGUUCCUCCAACUGCAAAUACGACUAAUUUUACUAUAAUUCCUUCCUCUUUAUUUCAUGGUCCAAAUAAUAGUUUCCCACGAACAGCGGCGUACGUUUAUUACAAUGGCACCCACAAUAAUACAGCCAGGCAUCUGCAACAUUGUAUGUGCAAGGAGUGGACGUUUGAGCUGCAUACGGGACUAAUGCAGAAUGUGGUUACUAAGUGGAGUCUGGUGUGUGACUCGGCGUGGAAGGUCCACAUCGCUAAGUUCUCUCUGCUGGUGGGAUCCAUAUUUGGAUACCUGGUCUUUGGGGUCCUGGCAGACUGGUUUGGUCGCCACCCGGUCCUAAUAAUCUCGGUCCUGUUCAUGCUGGUGUUCGGUCUGACCGUGGCCUUCUCGGUCAACGUUCCCAUGUUCAGCACCCUGCGCUUCUUCGAGGGCUUCUGCUUGGCAGGCAUCGCCCUCUCCCUCUACAUCCUCAGGAUUGAGCUGUGCCUACCAGCCUGGCGUUUCUCCAUGACCAUGGUUGCCAGCUUCGUGGUGCUGGGCGGGCAGCUCCUGAUGCCAGGGAUGGCAUACGUCUGUCGAGACUGGCAGGUUCUGCAGGCUGUCAUCAUCUGCCCGCUUCUCCUCAUGCUGGCUUAUAUCUGGAUCUUUCCCGAGUCUCUGCGGUGGCUGCUGGCCACUCAACAGUACGGCCGCUCCAAGUGGAUCAUGGGACACAUCAUCAAGAAGAACCAGGUCAACCCCGAGCUGGACAAUGACCACAUCCUUACAGAGCUGCAGAACGCUCUUCACAAGAAACCCAAAAAGACCUGUAUCGUAAAGAUGGUGGGGACAAGGAACCUGUGGAAAAACAUUGUGGUCCUCUGUGUGAACUCACUGACUGGCUAUGGCAUCCACCACUGCUUUGCCCGCAGUAUGAUGGACCACCACGAGACCCACGAGUCCACCAUGUUCCACAACUUCUACGCUGACUACUACACCAUGGCGGGCAUCGCCGUGGCUUCAUGCAUGGCACUGUGCCCGGCGGUGGGCCUGAUGGGGAGGAGGGGAGGCCUGCUCAUGUUCAUGAUCAUCACUGCACUGGCAUCAUUGCUGCAGCUUGGCCUGCUCAACUUGCUGGGGAAAUACAGUGUCCAUCUGAACAUAGAGAGCUCGGAUACACUUAAUAAGAACUUCUCCAUCGCCUUUUCCAUCAUCGGCAUGUUCUCCUCCCACGCUGUCAGCAACCUGAGCAUCUUCUUCUGCGCUGAGAUCACCCCCACCGUCAUCAGGGGUGGUGGUUUGGGCCUGGUACUAGCCAGCGCUGGCUUCGGCAUGCUGACCGCCCCCAUCAUGGAGCUGCACAAUCAGAAGGGCUACUUCCUCCACCACAUCAUCUUCGCCUGCUGCACCCUCAUCUGCAUCAUCUGCAUUCUCCUCCUCCCAGAGACGCGCUACCAGCCCCUGCCCGAGACCCUGGCCGACGGGGAGUGUUACACCCGCCAACCCCUGAUGCCCCCCAAGAAGCCUGGCGAACAGCGCCUCCUCCUGGCCCAGUCAGAGAGCAGCAGGGACUACACCCGGGUCCACGACACACCACUGCACGAGGCGGCCGCCACCACCGUCUUCACGAUGGACUCCACGGCAUCUUCCGCCGUUGACCUCACGGCACCGUCGUUUAUAGCUAUUUUGCCGCCCCCCGCUACAGAGUUGACAUCAUUCCAGCCUGAGCCUGAUCCUGAUACUGUGCCCCUGGUUAAGAAAGACCUCAAUGGGAAAUCCGUUACGCCCCCAUCUGGUACUCCCAUGGCGGCCCUAGAUAAGGCAGGCGUUGUACUGCCUAGUAAAGAGCACCUGUUAUCUUCCAAACCUAGAAAUAGUGAUCUCACUCCCUCCAAUUCCCUUCUGAAGUCCACUGAAGAUUCUACUGAUAUACCCCUAAUUGAGAUUCUACUGAUAUACCCCUCAUCCCCCUCCCCUACUAAGGACGUUACCACUGCCACUGAUACAGAAGACCUCCCUACCUCCAUCUUGGUCAACACCAUUCCCCCUGUUAUUGAAACCCAUCCUAUCUCUUCAUUGGACUCAACCACUCCACCAGUACUUGAUUCAUCCUCUACCUCCACAUUGGACUCUACCCCUCCCCCUGUCAUAAAAAACACCCCUACAUUGGACUCUACCAUUCCCCCUGUCAUAGAAACUCCUUGUAUCUUGGGCUCUACCACUCACCCUGUAAUUGUCCCUAUCCCCCCUUCUCCAACACCCUCCCCUACUGUCAUCAAUGACAUUGUUCCCCUUCCCCCCAUGGUCGACUGUACCACUCCUAUUGAUUCUACUGACCCCAUCACCACAGAUUCGAUCAUUCCCAUUCUAAUAGACUCUGUGGAUGACAAACUCCCCCCUCCUCCUACCCAUAAUUCAGACUGUACCAUUCCCCCUGUCAUAGACUCUGUCCAUACUCCAGAGUUGGACUCUUCAUGUGUUAAGGAUGUUGUUGUCUCUCCCUCUUCCCUUGUCGUAGCUCAUUCCCCUGUUCAUUACCCCACCCCCCUAUCACCACCACUUCCACCCAUUGACUCAGUUCAUAUCCCAACAACAGUGGACUCUUCCACUCCCCCUGUCAUAGACACUGUUCACCCCCUCACUGUGGACUCUACCACUCUCCCCAUCACAGACAUUGUUCAACCCCUUACAUUGGACUCUACAACUCUGUUUUUCAUAGACUCACUUCUCCCCAACAUAACAGACUCUGAGACCACAGAGGCGGCCCCUGCUUCCACAAUAAUGGACUGCACCAUCUCCUCCCCAAUAGACUCAGGUAUCCUCCCCGUAAUGGAUUGUGCCAUCUCAGAAAACAGCGCUGUCAACGGGGUGGUGUCUUCAUGAUCCAAGGCUCCACCUGUGGAACAAGGAGGUGGGCCCCUCCCUCAUGGAGGAAGAAGCCCUAGACACCCAUGUCACAUGACUGGGGUCACUAACUGGUCUGUCAGGCAUCAGACAUUUCAGCUGCUCUGUCGGGAGACUGCCAGUGACAGACAGGAGGGUAACAGCUUGAGCUUGGGCCAAGUUUUUUUGUGUCAUCUUACUGGGAACAGCCAGAGAACAGGACAGGGUUGUGGUGACUGUGAUGAGUGGUUAGGGACAGUUCGAAAUUUACUGGGAGGGUAAUGCGUUUUUUUCCCCUGGGUUUACAUUCACCCUAUUUGCAGGUUUUACUAUGUGAUUUAUUCCAUCAUCUGCUUGCAUGCACCUCCCCUAUAUCAAGGUGUUUUGGAGGUUCCAUUAUGCACUGCACUUCUCCACAUACUAACUAUACCACAGGACAAUAUAGUCUACCAGUCUAACUGUCUAUCCUGCCCUCUAUCCACCUUUCAUAGUGACAAUAGUGGUAGGUGGAUAGUUUGUUCAGAUCUGCAAUAACUAGCGAUCAUACCACACACAAUAUCAUUCAAAGCUGCACCAAUAUAAGUGUAGAGACCAGGUGCGUCAUUGCGCAUGAAAGAACAGUGAAGACAUGAGACAUGCAGCUCAAAAAUCUCCCCUAUACUGUAAAUCUUGUUUUAGGGACCUUACAAUUAUUAUACCUAGACUAGCCUAGAACACAUUAUUGCUUUCAGUACAUUUUACUCUAGGCUGUGAACUGCAGUAAAAAUGUCAUUUGAAUAAUAUUUCAUUCCAUUCAUUCCAUUUGGCUCUGAGUACCUCUCAGCCCACCUAUGAGUAGCUCGCAGCCCACCUAUGAGUAGCUCGCAGCCCACCUAUGAGUAGCUCGCAACCCACCUAUGAGUAGCUCGCAGCCCACAUAUGAGUAGCUCGCAGCCCACCUAUGAGUAGCUCGCAGCCCACCUAUGAGUAGCUCGCAGCCCACCUAUGAGUAGCUCGCAGCCCACCUAUGAGUAGCUCGCAGCCCUCCUAUGAGUAGCUCGCAGCCCACCUAUGAGUAGCUCGCAGCCCACCUAUGAGUAGCUCACAGCCCACCUAUGAGUAGCUCGCAAACCACCUAUGAGUAGCUCGCAAACCACCUAUGAGUAGCUCGCAGCCCACCUAUGAGUAGCUCGCAGCCCACCUAUGAGUAGCUCGCAAACCACCUAUGAGUAGCUCGCAACCCACCUAUGAGUAGCUCGCAAACCACCUAUGAGUAGCUCGCAAACCACCUAUGAGUAGCUCGCAGCCCACCUAUGAGUAGCUCGCAAACCACCUAUGAGUAGCUCGCAACCCACCUAUGAGUAGCUCGCCAAAUAAUUCUGAGAGUACAUGCAAUAUUCACAUGGCCCACUGCAAACUGUCAUAAACAAAUCUCUCAAGUAUCAGACACCGCAGCUUCCCAGCUACUAUCUAAUAAAUGCACCGUUGGCAUUAUCCCACCCCUGGUUAGCCACUAAAGGCCUAAAAAGCCAAACGUAAAACAAUAUCUGCCAAUUAAUUUUCCAGCAAUAUUGCCCCGGUCUGUCUGUGUGAUGCACGCGUUUGUCUAUCACUUCAUGUGGAGCCAGUUGAUGUGAUAACUGUCUUGUCAUGAGUAAGUAUAUAAUUUGUGUCUAAACUGAACAAAAAUAUAAAUGCAACAUGCAACCAUUUCAAAGAUUUGACUGAGUUUACAGUUCAUAUAAGAAAAUCAGUCAAUUUUAACGAAUUCAUUAGGCCCUAAUCUAUGGAUUUGACAUGAAUGAGAAUACAGAUAUGCAUCUGUUGGUCACAGAUUUUUUUUUUAAUAAAGUAGGGGCGUGUAUCAGAUAACUAGUCAUUAUCUGGUGUGACCACCAUUUACCUCAAACAGCGCGACAUCUCCUUCACAUCACACAUUGAUCAGGCUGUUGAUUGUGGCCUGUGGAAUGUUGUCCCAAUCCUCUUCAAUGAUUGUGCAAGGUUACUGGGUAUUGCCGGGAACUGUAACACGCUGUCGUACGCUUCGAUCCAGAGAAUCCCAAAUAUGCUCAGUGAGUGACAUGUCUGGUGAGUAGGCAGGCCAUGGAAGAACUGGGACAUUAUCAGCUUCCAGGAAUUGUGCACAGAUCCUUGCGACACGAGCCAUGCAUUAUCAUGCUGAAACAUGAGGUGAUGGCGGC